AUGCGACAGUUGACGAGGAGGGCAGCAUUUCGCCACAAAGGAUCAGCCUGUACCUGCACUUCAGCCACCCGCGGUACCCGCGGGUGUCUCCCACCCACGGGGACCUUCCUGGAAGGAGUGGUGGGGGCACCUGCGCCUCAGGUGACGAAGUUGCGCUUGAAGGCGGCGAGCCCCGAGGUGCGCUCAGACAACUUGGCGGUCAAAAUUGAGAAUUGA